AUGGACGGCUUGUCGCCCUGCGCGGCGUCCAUCGUCUUCGCAUUAGCCGUCAUUCUAAUGACGUAUUUCACCCUGCGCACCCUCCGCCGCAUGAACUGUCGUCCAAAAUACAUCCCGGGGAAGUCUUUGAAAGACCGAUGGAAUCGCUGGCAAGCUGGAGCGUCAUAUGGUCAAGUUCCAAAUGAUGGGGCGUCAUCAAAUCGAGAGGGAACCGGCCCGAACACCAGGCCUGUGGAAGGAGGAUCAGAAAUGAAUACCAAUAGUGCAGUUCGCCGUGAGACCUCAGUCCGUUCCGUCAUCACCCUUCCUGCCUAUUCGUCGAGUCCGAAACCCUCAGAACAGGUCAUUGCCCGAGAAGGAGAGCGGGGCGGCAUGGAUGUCGUCGUUGAAUUCCCCGAGACUGCCGAGGAAGAGGAGUCCCGCAGGGAGGAUCUGAUGGAGUCCCUUUACCAAAUCCGCCAGCAGCGAAGACAGGAGAUAGCAGAGCGAGAGGUCAGGCGAGAGGAGCGUCGUGAGGCUCGUGCUCGGGGGGAUUAUAUCCGUCUCGAGCAGCUUCGCCAAGAGAGUCGUGCUCGAGCCCAGAGCCGUUCUUCUGCCAACGGGAGCAACACCAAUUUUUCCUCUGCAUUGACUCUAGCAGAGGCUCGGAGUCGCGGUCGCGAGAGGCGCAUUUCCAGUGUCAGCUAUGCAGCAUUGGGCUAUGUGCGACACGAUGGAACGCGUAUGCGCAGCACCUCGCCUGAUGGGCCUGAUACGGAUUCUCGCCCUCUUCUAUCCAACACCGAUACGAUAAGCACGGAAACGGCCAAUCGUUCAUCCACAUCUAGUCUGACAAAUGUUCAUUCACGCGGCGAGUCGUACUCAUCCGCUCAUUCCGCAGACACUGCGGCAUCUGAACAAGAUAGCUUGACCCCAGUCCAAUCGCACGCUGCUUCCACCCACUCGAUGAUUCCGAGUUCUGGCGAAGGCGAUUUAGGGGCUCUUCAUAUCCCCCCUCCGGACUAUGAACAGCUGGACUGGGGAGACGCGCCUCCGUAUGAAAGUCCAACCGCAGAGCGAGGUAACCAACCGCCGCAGUUGCGGGAGCUCACUCCUCUGCCUACAAUUCAAAUCGAGCUCGCCAGCCCUGUGAACAACACGCCUACUACGCCUACAACCCCCCACCGCGAAGAGCAUAGCCCAUCAGAAAACCAAGGCACUCACCGCGACUCUUAG